AUGACUGACAGUGGCUCCUGUGGGGGUCACACUAUCAAAGAUGAUUCUUUGGAGCAGGUCUUUGGCCAGACUGCAAGCUACUCUGAACAAUUUUACAUUCCCAGUGAAUUCAACAAACGAAUUUACCAAGGAGUCCGGGUGAAGCAUACAGUCAAGGAUCUUCUCGCAGAGAAAAGAUCAAGACAGACGACUGGUUCAAGGCUAAAUGGCAGUACCAAUGUUUCCCAGACUCCAUUUGUCCAAAUGUCAGGUUCACCUGUGCUGUCUGGAUAUUACAGCGUCCGAAGAUCUUUCCUUCCCGAAUCUGAGUUCCAUGCUGCCAAGCAAUACUCUAAUGACAUCUACUCAUCAUCUCUGGGGCCAAAGUCAAUAGGCUGUGAUUCAGCAACUAUACAAAGCUACCCACCACUGCUCGAGCCUUAUUUCUCUGACUCUAUAGGUGACUACAGAAGUACAUCAGUAACAUCUGCUGGUAGCUCGCUGUUCAGUGCUUCAUCGCUGCCACCUCUCCUACCUCAUUUCUCUGGUGAUCCAUCCCAUUAUCUGUUGAGAGACUCAUGGGAGCAGACUGUUCCCGAUUCAAUUAACCAGCUGGAUGCAUUGUGCACAGAUGCCUCACAAACUGUAUCAUCCACAAGCUGCAUCUCAUCUGAAAAUGGAUCCACACACUACAGGAGUGCAAGCAGAGGGCCCGCCUCAUCCCAGGGCACUCAGUCUUAUUCACUGCAUGCUCUAGAAGAUGUUCACUACUCUACUUUUCCAGCUACCUCUUCCUAUGCCUUCUCACCAUUUAUGACAGUAAACAAUGAAUUGACCCCUAAGAUGGUUCAUCACCUUUCCCAAGAGGACUCUGCUGAAACAAGCCCCAUGCAAGAUAGUUCUGCUUGGCCAAAGGAAGAUACGAACACAGUAUGGGGGCCGUAUGAAAUUCGAAGAAAUUACUGA